AUGGUUUUGAUCACUUUGAGAGAGCGAAAGAGGAGGGAGGCCGAGGAGGCAACUGCAGAGGCUUCUAAGCAGGGUGAGGAAAACGCUGAGAAGACCGGUGAGACCGCCAAACUCGACGAGGAGAUGUCGGCUCCGGACGAGCCAGUGGAUCCUAAAGAGAGAGGCGACGAGGCGGUUGUUUCUGGCUUGGACCCUGCCAAAGAGGGUGAUGCUGAACGGGGAGAGAUUUUCCCCGAGGCGUCCUCUAGAACGCCGAGCCUGUCGAGGGAUCCUCCUACGCCUCUUGCCUCAGCGGUGCACGCGCUUCAGCAACACACAAGGCCCGACGCUUCUAAGCUUGUGAAACACGAGGGGAUGAAACGCAGACGAUCUUCCAAUGAGAAAGCCAAAGGAGUGGCUUAUGACAAGGACGAGGUCAUAAAGAAGAAGCAGAAGGUGGUCCCUGAAAAGCUUGUUGUCGAUGAUGUCGAGGCUUCGGCAUCUCUUUUCUCGAAGAUCAACAACGCCAAUGUUAUCUUGCCGCACCCCGAAAAUCUCAGACGGUCGAAGCCCUAUGCUGCGAUGGCACAGCGCAUGACCAAGUUUUAUGCUGCAGUGAAUGAGAUGAUGGCCGGCUAUGAGGCCGACGCACUUAAAGAUGAGCGUCGCCUUGAAAAGGCUAGACGCGACGCCGCAACUUUCAAGGCCGAGCUUGAGAAGGCCUCGGGGGAGAAUGCAAAAGUGUUAGCCCGGAUGGAGGCACUCAAGGAAGAGAAAAAGGUCUUGAAGGCGGACUGUGAAAAGAUGGUCACCCGUUAUGAGGAAUCGCGGGUAAGGAAAAACAGCAAAAUCGCUUGCCUGAAGAGGCAGAUCGCGGCGAAAGACUCUCUUCUUGAGUCACGGGUAAAGAUUGCCCGAAAGGAGGCCAGAUGUGAGGCGGCGGCUAAGUUACGGGCGCGUCUAUCCGCGAUUAAGAAGAAAAUGGUAAAGUUGGAGAAGGCUAAAGGAGAUGAAAAUGACCUUGGCCAAAUCAGGAGCAAUCUCGUGCUCAUCGAAGAUCUCCGGAAACUGGAUGCUAGUCUCGAUGCCGAAGAGGAGAAACUGAAGAGCUAG